GCGGGCAGGACCAUAGAGAGCCCGCGGCACCGCCCCCUCCACGAUCCGAGCGGCCAGCUCGUGCGGUUCCCACAAUGCACCGCACAAUGGCCAGACCGCCGGCACUGCCGGGGCCUGAGAGGGCCCGGCCCGCAGCGCGGGGUUCCCAGCGCAGUAUUAGAAAACUACUCGGACGCGCCAAUGACACCAAAACAGAUUCUGCAGGUCAUAGAGGCAGAAGGACUGAAGGAAAUGAGAAGUGGAACAUCCCCUCUCGCAUGCCUCAAUGCUAUGCUACAUUCCAACUCAAGAGGAGGAGAAGGGCUGUUUUAUAAAUUGCCUGGCCGAAUCAGCCUCUUCACACUCAAGGUCAGGCCAGCUAGCACACAAGCUUCCAGAGACUCUUCUGUCUCCACUUCCCAUCUCUCUCUUAGAGCACUGGGAUUACAGAGAUCUUUUCCAUUCAUGUGGGGACAUAUAAAGAGUGGAAUUGGUAAGUUAUAUAAUAAAUCUAUAUUUAACAGUUUUGCUUUGUUUUGAGACAGGGUC